UCAAUCGUACUCGAAUUAUCAUCAUGAGAUGAUUGGUCUCCUUUGUGUGCUGAUUAGUGUUUAUUCAACAUGGAAACAUUGAAGAAAAGAAAACUGUUAUCUCAUUUUAUCUUAAAACUAUAACCUAUAAGUUAAUCUUUUGAUAGUGAUAACAAGGAGGUCAACAAGAUAUUUUAUGUGGUCUUGAGUGCUUGGUGCCAUAUUUAUAAAAAUAUUGCCUUUACUCUGCAUCUAAUUAAAAAAAUUAGUUUCUUGAACUACACAAAUAUGAACAGAACGCCUAUCUUACUUUAUUGAUAGCCUAUGUUAAAAGUUUUUCUUGUCUACAAAUAAAGUAAUUUACAUACCAACACCUGAGCCUAUCCCUAUAUUCAAAACUAACAAUUCUUGUAAGGCUAGGAUAUUUGAUCAUCUUAGUCCAAAAGUUUCACCUGAGGUCACAAGCCUAAGUUGUACAUAGUCUGGAAGAGUUCUAGAGUGGAAGAGAUUUUGCAUGUCUCAACAAAGAUUAGAAAAAUAAGUUUAAAUUGGCCUUUAAGGCAUGGUAUUCUUGUCUCGUGUGUUCAGAUUAUAAUGGCAGAAGAUAUUGUCCAUGAUCUAAAAGAAUAUGUCGGAAAUUCCCCAGUCUUGAAGGCGUUUCUGGCUGGCUCUAUCUCAGGAACAUGUUCUACUGUUCUGUUUCAACCUCUUGAUCUUGUCAAGACUCGUCUACAGUCUACAAAACACGUCGCCACUCUUGCUCGACCAAGAAUUGCUAGCACUAUUGGUAUGAUGGAAACCUUCAACAGUAUUAUACAAAAAGAACACCUGUUUGCACUUUGGAAAGGAAUGAUUCCAAGUUUGACCAGGUGUGUGCCAGGGGUUGGUUUGUACUUUGGCUCCAUGCACUGGAUGAAGUCCAAGUUCACAGAUGGGCGACCGACAGCUACACAGGCAAUGAUGAUUGGCAUCGUGGCUCGUUCCAUCAGCGGCAUCUGUCUCAUCCCCAUCACUGUAGUGAAGACUCGUGUUGAGAGUGGAGAGUACAAGUAUCAUGGCGUGGUGGAUGCCCUGAGACAUAUCUACCGUGCAGAGGGAGUCCGAGGACUGAGUUGUGGUCUUCUACCUACACUGUUCCGUGACGCUCCAUUCUCCGGCCUAUAUCUGGUGUUUUACAGCCAGAUAAAACAGACGCUGCCUAAAGAAGUGCUCACUGGAGAGAUGGCUGCUGCCACCCACUUCACCGUGGGUUUACUGGCUGGAGCAUUGGCAUCUCUGGUGACACAACCGGCCGAUGUCAUCAAGACCAAGAUGCAGUUGGAUCCACAGCAGUACAAGAGUAUUCCGAAUGUGGUGGUACUAGUUUAUCAGAAAUACGGUGUCUGUGGUUACUUCAAGGGGUUGAUUCCUAGAAUGUUACGUAGGACUUUGAUAGCUGCAAUGGCCUGGACUAUUUACGAACAGUUGACUCAGUCCAUUGGUCUGAAAUGAAAAGAAAUAUAGAAGAAUUCACCAUUCUGGAAACGUUUGGUGUGUAGAUGAAUUACCUACUGCAACAGUCGGAGUCCCGGUUGCAUAUUAAUUCUCCGCCGUUCCAUAGUAGUAACAAGAACAUCACCUGUUACGUAAACAUAUGUUGUAAGACAGCAGCCCAGAACACAUAUCAGUCCAAAGUCAGUGACUUAGGUCUUAGGUUUAGGCGUUCAAGUUAAAUGCAGUUCUGAUUGGAUGUUAACCUGUCAUUGAAGAGUUGAAUUAGUACCGAUAGGGGAAAUAACCAGCCAAGCAUAAUACUGCUAGACUAAUCGUAAUUAACAUUUAAAGCUUAGAGUUAAAAUGUUGAUUCAAACCACUGUGCUGUGAUGAAUAUCUGGAGGUAGCACUUCUCGAGGGAAUUUUGUGCCGCUGACGGCCAAAUGGUCGUCCUGGGAUGGAAUAUGCCGAAGUGGAAAAAUGUAAAUCCAACCGUAUGAAAAUUUGUUAAAAUCACAUUGAUUUAUGUAACUUAUGUGUUAACUUUGCAAACAAACAAUUGAUUUUAUUUGAAGUUAGACAAAACAAGGGAUAGAGCAACACAACUUAUUUAAUUAAUAAUGCUGAUUGAAAAACUGAAUUAAGACACACUCUGACACACUCUGGACUAGGACAUCACUUUACAAACCAACAGCUUGUGUGAAGUAUUCAAACUCUAAACUAGUGUUCCUUCCUGCAGUUGCAAUCACCACCUUUUUAUGUUGUCCACAA